AGUUGUGAAGAUGAAGUCGUCGUGAAUUUGGCUAAAAGUCAUUUUAUUUGUGUUUUUUUGUAAAGAAACUAUUGGAUUAUAUAAGAUAUGCGAUGAAAUCAAGAAUAUAAAUUUAGUAAAAAAUUCUUAAAACAUCUUCAAAGAUGUUUUUUGGAAUUUUUAUACUUUAUUUGGGACUUAGUGGAAUACAAGGACAGUUUCGGUUUUUAACAGAUGAUUUACAGAGCACCGGUUUCGGUUUAUUCUAUCCUGCAUCAUCAGGAGUACGAAGACAACCCUUGGUACCAGAUGGAUACCCAUUUCCAUGUCCAAAAGAGGCAAAGAAAAUAUCUGCAAAAACUCGUCCUACAAGUGUCCAUCGUCUGAGGCCAUCAGACAUAGAAGUAAUUGGUGCUUUGGGAGAUUCUUUGGUUGCUGGAAGUGGUGCCAUGGAAGAAUUUGCUUUGGGGGCUUUUGUUGAACAUCGUGGUGUCACUUGGGCAGCAGGUGGCCAAGGAUCUUGGCGUAAAUAUUUGACCCUCCCAAAUAUUUUAAAAGAGUUCAACCCACGUCUGAUUGGAUUCAGUACUGGUCCUGGUGAAUUUUUAUCCAGGCGAGCAAAUUUCAAUGUUGCUUUUCCAGUUGCUGCUACUGAUGAUGCUAUCCAGCAAGCAAAAUACCUUACGUCCAAAAUGAGGAGAACUUUGGGACCAGACAAAUUUCAAAGCUCCUGGAAACUGGUGACAGUUUUUUUUGGGGCCAACGACUUGUGUUCGGCCCAAUGUUACGACCCAGAGCACAACACGCCUUUGGCCCAUGUUCGAAAAUUGGCCAAAGCUCUGGACUUUUUGCACAAAAAUAUGCCUAGGACUUUGGUCAACUUGGUACCAGUUUUAGAUGUGACAGUAUCAUUGAGGGUAAAAAGAAGGUCCAUGGCCUGCAGGGCCUUACAUCCCUUAUUUUGUGCCUGUUUACACAGAGGCGAAGGGACUUCUGAACAAAUUGCAGAACGUGUUGCUAAAAUGGCUAAGGAAUUCCAAAAACAAGAAGAAAAAUUGGUAAAUAGCGGUCGUUACGAUACCCGUGACGACUUCACAGUCGUCCUACAGCCCUUCACCUUGGCCUUCAAUGCCUAUUUACCAGAAUCAAUCAAAAACACAUCGGAUUUAAUUGAUAUUCUGGACAACGAGCUGAUCACAUAUGAUUGUUUUCAUUUUUCGCAGAAGGGACACGCUUUAGGAGCUGCCAUGCUAUGGAACAACAUGCUCCAGCCGAUCACCCAAAAAUCGAGAUCGAUGAACCAAACGGUGCCCUACGAUACUGCCAAAGGUCUAAUUGGCAGCCUAAUGUGUCCAACUAAGGACAGACCUUAUAUUUUCACUUCGAAAAAUUCCAGAAGUUAUUUUUACAAUGGAAGACAAUAUGGAAGUCAAUAUAAGACAUCUGGCACACAAUUUGAAAGAUAUGGCAGACAAUCUGGAAAAUCUGGCAGUCAAUUCAAAACAUCUGGCAAACAAUCUGAAAAAUCUGGAAGACAACCUGAAAGAUCUGGCAGACAAUCUGAAAAAUAUGGUAGACAAUCUGAAAGAUGUGGCAGACAAUCCGAAAGAUCUAGUAAACAAUUCGAAAGAUCUAGCAGACAAUCUGCAAAAUCUGGCAGACAACCUGAAAAAUCUGGAGGACAAUCUGAAAGAUCUGGCAGGCAAUUUGAAAGAUCUGGUAGACAAUCUGAAAGAUCUGGCAGACAAUCUGAAAGAUUUGAUUUUUGGAGGCCUUUGGCGGCUUUUGGCGGCUUUCCUGGGAUUGUGGAGGCUUUAGUAGAUUUUUGGAGGCUUUUUUAG